UAAUUUUGUUUGGUCAAACUCCUUCACUGGCAUAUAGUGCUAAUAUAAUAUAAGCCGUUUCGCUAUCGAUCUCGAAUCUUCUUCGAUAAUUUCAAAGCCAUUUUCAGAUAAACCCACCUCAAUUUUCUUGGGAUUUUGACACUAUAUGCGCUGAGAAAUACUCCCAAUUGUCAAGAAGAUUAGUACUUGUGAAGGGCACUUGGGCUUCUGCUGCUAUUCUGGGGUUUUAGAAAAUUGAGCUAGAUUUCGAAUAAUGGCUGAAGUAGAAGAGGAGCAGCAGCUGCAGAAUUCAUCAGUUGACCAGGGUGGUACUGAUGAAAUCAUCACUGAAGGCGCUUCAGUUGUUCGUGGAGAACUUCCACAGGAUGAUGCUGGGCCGCCAAAAGUUGAUUCAGAAGUGGAAGUCCUCCAUGAAAAAGUAACCAAGCAAAUUAUUAAAGAAGGUCAUGGUCAGAAGCCAUCAAAAUACGCAACAUGCUUCGUGCAUUACAGGGCAUGGGCUGAAAGCACCCAGCACAAGUUUGAAGAUACAUGGCGUGAACAACAACCUCUUGAGCUGGUUAUAGGAAAAGAGAAAAAAGAAAUGACUGGCCUAGCUAUUGGCGUUAACAACAUGAAAUCCGGUGAGCGUGCUUUAUUUCAUGUUGGCUGGGAACUAGCCUAUGGAAAAGAAGGAAGCUUCUCUUUCCCUAAUGUCCCACCUACAGCUGAUGUAUUGUAUGAGGUUGAGUUGAUUGGCUUCGAUGAGACAGGAGAAGGAAAAACACGAGGAGACAUGACAGUAGAGGAGAGAAUUGGGACAGCAGAUAGAAGAAAGAUGGAUGGAAAUGCUUUAUUUAAGGAAGAGAAACUGGAGGAGGCUAUGCAACAGUAUGAAAUGGCCAUUGCAUAUAUGGGAGAUGACUUCAUGUUUCAGCUGUUUGGUAAGUUCCGGGACAUGGCUUUAGCUGUAAAGAAUCCCUGCCAUCUGAACAUGGCAGCCUGCCUGCUGAAGCUCCAGCGAUAUGAUGAAGCCAUUGCACAAUGUAGCAUUGUCCUAGCAGAAGAAGAAAACAAUGUAAAAGCGUUGUUUAGGCGUGGAAAGGCUAGGUCUAUACUUGGUCAGACUGAUGCAGCUCGCGAGGACUUCCUUAAAGCACGUAAGCUUGCCCCACAAGAUAAAGCCAUUACAAGGGAAUUGAAUUUGAUUGCAGAACACGAGAAGGCUGUCUAUAAAAAACAAAAGGAACUUUACAAGGGACUAUUUGGACCAAGACCAGAGCCUAAACCAAAGUCAAGAAACUGGCUGAUUGUCAUUUGGCAAUGGUUAUUGUCACUCUUUCAUAUGCUUUUCAGGCGUAAGACGCGCAAGGAUGACUAACUGAAUAUGGAGAGAUGUUAUUGUUGAUCCCAAUCUGAGAAACUACUUCCCACCAUUUUACUCUAGCAACAGAACUCUGGUGCUCUAGAAGCUUUUUCAUUGACCUUUGUGUAAGAAAAAAAAAAACUGACCAAAGAAAUAGGGAAGAAAUUUAAUGUUUUGAUUAUGUAAUUUUAUUAGUAAGAUAACACCUUGCUAAUUAUUUCCUCAUUCUGAUUUCAAAUGUUUGCUCAUGAUGCAUGUAUUCUGGAUAUUGCAAUUUCUCUUGGUUUAGAAGUUAAAGUUUUCCCCU